CCAUAUAAAGGUAUAAAACGUAGAUAACCCCAAAAUUAUUUUUGUGGUUAAAGGGAAUAUCUUAUCUUAUCAAUGAUAAGCAAUAAUUAAACUUGAAAUUGAUGAUAUUCAGUGAGAUUUGUGCUUAAUUUAGUUGUCAAGUGUACCUAAUUAGUUAAGCAUUAUGGAUUUAGUGAAAUUUCCGAUUAAUUCUUUAAAAUUAAGAAUUAACACACAAUUUUGUUCCAAGGAACCAUGGCAAGUUGUAACAAUUACUGCCUCAACUGUAUUCCUAAGUGUAUGGCUAUAUGAAUUUAUUUUUCAAGAUGAAAGUAUUGUAGAUCGAAGUAAAAGGGUUGCAUUUAGAUUAUUAAGAAGGAUACCAGCAAUAAGAAAGAAAAUUGAUAAUGAAUUAAAGUCAAUAAAUGAAUCAUUUGAAAGGGAUGUUGAAAAAAGAACUAAAGAUUUAUUGUACAUCAAUAAUUUGCCUGGCAAUGGUUUUCAAAAAGAUAAAAUAAUGAAGAUUUUAAAUGAAAACCUUAACCUUAGUGAUUAUGAUUGGAAGGCCGGUUGUGCUUCAGGAGCAGUUUAUAGUUACGAUGAAAAAUUAAUUUCUAUAGUUUCCGAAGUUUAUGGUAAAACUUCAUACACAAAUCCUCUACAUCCAGAUUUAUUUCCAGGACUUUGCAAAAUGGAAGCUGAAAUUGUAAGGAUUGUUUGUAAUUUAUUUCAUGGGGAUGAAAAUUCAUGUGGAUCAAUGACCAGUGGAGGAACGGAGUCAAUCUUAAUGGCCUGUAAGGCAUAUAGAGAUUAUGGUAGGGAAAUAAAGGGUAUAAAAUACCCUGAAAUGGUUGUGCCAUCUACCAUACAUUCAGCUUUUGACAAAGCAUCUCAAUAUUUAAAAUUAAAGGUUAGGUCUAUACCUGUUGAUCCUACAACAUAUCAAGUAGAUAUAAAAGCGAUGAGGCAAGCAAUUACCAGUAAUACCAUAAUGCUUGCAGGUUCAGCUCCAAAUUUCCCAUAUGGAACAAUGGAUGAUAUUAAAGCAAUUUCUGAAUUGGGUUUAAAAUAUAACAUUCCUGUCCAUGUGGACUCUUGUCUGGGUGGGUUUUUGACUUGUUUUAUGGAAGACGCCGGUUUUCCUAUACCCAUUUGCGAUUUUAGACUGCCAGGAGUAACAAGUAUAUCAGCAGACACCCAUAAAUAUGGAUAUGCCCCAAAAGGAACUUCUUUGGUACUUUACAGGGAAAAAAAAUAUCGUCACCACCAAUAUACUGUCACUACAGAUUGGCCUGGUGGUGUAUAUGGUUCACCCACUGUAAGUGGUUCCAGAGCGGGGGGUAAUAUUGCAGUUUGUUGGGCUUCGUUGUUGUAUUAUGGUCUAGAAGGAUAUGUAAAGGCUACUAGAGAUAUAAUUUACUGCACUAAUUACAUAGAAAAGGGGUUAAGAAGAAUGAAAGGAAUUUUUAUAUUUGGUAAGCCUGUAACCAGUGUAAUUGCUAUAGGAUCCCAAGAUUUUGAGAUUUAUAGAUUAUCUUCAGCAUUAAAUGAGUUGGGUUGGAAUUUAAAUGUACUUCAAUUUCCCUCUGGUAUUCAUAUUUGUUUAACAUCAAUGCAUACCCAGGAUGUUGCUGAAAAAUUUUUAAAUGAUGUUAAAAAAUCACUGGAAGAUAUAUUAAAAGAACCAAAAAUACCUGUGGAAGGAAAGAUGGCCCUUUACGGAGUUGCUCAAAGCAUACCAGAUCGUUCAGUUGUAGGAAGUUUCACAAAAUUUUACUUGGACUCUUUAUAUUAUAUUCCCAAAAGUCACAAUGAAUCCAAUCAGCAAUAACGAAAAUUGAAUAUUUUCAUACAAAAAAUAAUAUUUAAUUAACAAUAUAAUCUGGGUGUUCAUGUUACUUUUCUGUUAACUUGUUAAUCUGUUUAAACAAAGUUACCAAAGUUUUAUAUACUUUUCAGACGCGGCAAUUAAAUAAAAUAUAAAAACUUACUUGCAGUUUAACAAAAGUACCUUUUGAGUCAAUCCAAAUGAAAACACCAAAAAUGAAUUUAAAUGAUUUUUUAUUUUAAUGAAAAAAUUUGAGUAUGAUCUUUUAGGUAUAUAUGAAAAACCGUUGCCGUUUUAAUUUUUAGUUGCUUUAUUUUUAAUCGGCACCCUUUAGAAACCUGAAAUAGUGUCAUUUUCUUACUCUCUUAUAAGAGGCUAAAACUUUUUUUCUGUGGCAAUUAUUGAAAUGAUUGUAAUUUUAUUUUACUG